AUUUCAGUGAGAGCACAAUCUUGACUCCCAUUAUCCCCAGCCUUCUGGACGCCAUCACCUGAGGUAUGUAUUGAUUCCAUCACGAACCUGCACCAUCGAGCGAAUAUUGAACGCGAAAUUCGAAAUCGCCGAAAGCAAACUUCGACCCGAGUGAGCCACGAUUCGCUAACUCCGACUUCCUCCACAGUCAAACGCACCGCAUAAAACAACCGAACGCGAAUCCCAUCGACGCCUCAUCAAUAUGGGAAAAGUGCACGGAUCGCUCGCUCGUGCGGGUAAGGUCAAGUCGCAGACCCCCAAGGUCGAGAAGCAAGAGAAGAAGAAGGUCCCCAAGGGCCGCGCAAAGAAGCGAAUCCAAUACACCCGCCGCUUCGUCAACGUCACCAUGACCGGUGGCAAGAGGAAGGUACGUGACGAAAUUUGACUCCGACGAACGCUGUGGGAUGGCGGGCUGAUGAUAUUGCGCAGAUGAACCCGAACCCGACGACGACAUAAAUCGCCCGAAACAUUGACGGAGGGGACGGACGGUUGGCGUGGAUGGAAGAUCGAUGAUGGAAG